GAGUCCCUGGCAACCACUGGAGCGCCAGAAUAAUGGCGAAGAUAAUCGGUGCCAAAAGCAAAUCCCUUUGGCAACACGUGUGUGAAGAGUAUGAAGCUGAAGGGCCUGUGUGGACUGAUGGCAGCUUAACGAGCACCCAGCUCUCCCAGCACAGCGCCAGGACACACACACAUGUGUUCUCUGGACUCGCCACGGUGUUCGGGUACGGUGGCCCUCUGAGGGACGUUGACCCUCAUCUUUGCCGCCCUGCUCCCGCUGGCUCCUCAAGUCAGAGGUGCCCGUCACUGGCUAAAACUACGUCGAUUCCACCACAUGAACGUCCGGUUCGACGUUUUUUGGAGAGGAACGUGUUUCCAGUGUUGUUGCCUGGACUUGAGGCUUUGCUGAAAGAAGCCCGGAAGCAAGGCUGUUUGGAGAGGCUAAAAACAUCCUUCAACCCGUGUGACUUCCUGACUGAGUGGCUCUACAACCACAACCCCCGCAGACGAGGCGAGGUCCCAGUGAACUUCCAUGACGUCCCUUUUGUCAAAGACUUUCUCAGCAUGCACUCCAGGUCUCCCCUCCCUCUUUAUCUCCUGCUGAGUGAGGAUCAGGCCGCUCUGCUCAUCCAGGCUUUCUGGAGGGGAUACAAGAUCAGAGCACGGCCAGAUGUGCAGGAGCUGCGCCAGUGGCAGGAAAAACUGAGAGAGAACAGCGACAUCGGUAGAACUGUUGAGAAGUUCUGGGCCCGACGAGAGAGCCGAGUGGGCUCUGCCAUGACGGAUCUUCCAGGAAGCCCCCAGCCCGGCGACUCAGACGUGUCCAUCCAGGUGGUUUCCCCCACCCCGCAGAGCACCGUGGUCCACACUCCCGCCCCUCAGAUGACCCCUGAGGGUGUUGAGUGGCUGACCCCCAGCCUCUGCAGCGUGGAAAAAAUGGCCUCCACAGCACCGGCGACGGAUUUCCUGGCUGUGUCCGUGCAUAGUGACAAAUCCCCGACAGCAGCGUCUCCUUCUUUACUAGGAACUCCAAACCUGAGCUGGACUGGUGAUGCUGUGAACUGAAAGCAUGAGCUCGUUACCGCGGACCGGUUUUAUUUCAGUUUUUUAGAGGCUAUUAAACUCUGUAGGGUUGAUGUGCAACUGACCAAAAUGAUCAGUCAAACAAGCCAUUAAAAAAUAAUUUGAUAUGGCCAGCCAGGGAUUUAUGAUCUGAGAUUGGGGUCUAAUUAGUUGAUUGUUUUCAUUGCUUUUUUUGAUGGAUCGCUUUCCUUCACGAGUCUCACCCGACAAAUGAACAGCAUAUCGUGCGGUUCACGUAUUAUUAAUGCCGCGGUAAAGUAACCGACUUAAUAUUUCCUCGCUUCACCUCUCGCCGACAGCUCACUGGAAGAUAACCAACUCGUAUUUCCUUGCCUUGUCUUUACCUUUCUCCUUGGCAAUACAUAUCCCUCAACAAAAGAGGUUAGAGCAUUUCCAUUCAAGCCAGGAAUUGAGGGCAAAGUGAAAAGUGAGUCAGCGUGCAGAGCAGCACUUUCCAUCCUGUUUAUUAGGAAAAGAAAUGAUCCUGUCAGGGAAAAGAGGAAUACAAAAAGUCUUUAAAAACAUCACUUAGAUCACUGGUGGGUGAUUGACAGCUCCUUAGAUCUUACUGUUUUACAAGUGAUAAUAAGCCUGUCGUACUCAUUAAGCACGCAACAUAAAAACCAACAUCACAAUGAACAGAACAUUUUUUACUAGCAUACAGAUUUGACAUCGUAUGAUGGUCUCCGUCGGUCUGCCUAUUAAUUUGUACAUUUUCUACAUGCUGUGUUUUAUUCAGAGAUAGAAUAUUUGUAUUUGUCUUUUUGGUCUUUUGCUCGAUGUAACUAAAGGUUACACAUUUAGCAUUUUGCCCCUGAUGACUCCGUCAGCAUCAGCUGUCUUUUGUUUGGUUCCUUUUGGUGACCAGACAUCAUCUUAAAUGUCAUGGAAAGUUCUUAAAAUUUGAUGAGCAACAAAGUUCAGGAUAAAAGGACCGCAUGCUGCUCGACUACAGUGCUCUCCUUCAUGCCAUCUCAAAAGACCGUGCAGGUAAUCACGUCUUCUCCUGACUGUGGGUCAAUUAAACUGAGUGAAUAGAGUG